AUGAUAUGUAUAAGAACGACUAGAAAUUGGUUAGAAGUAUUUGGGUUUGAAUAUUCAGAAGUCAGAAAAAGAAUAUAUAUAGAUGGGCAUAAGCGUACAGAUGUAGUAGCUUAUCAUGAAAGGUUUUUAGAAAGAAUGGCUGAAUAUGAAACACAUAUGAUAGUUUUUUCUGAUAAAAAUAUGAAAGAAGAAACUCAACCAGCUUUUCAAGAUAUUGUAAUUUUAGUAAUACACGAUGAGUGUAUCUUCUCAGCAUAUGACAGAAGAUGUUGGUUAUGGAUACCAAAAGGGGAGCAACCACUUCACCAGGUUGUAAAUCGGGCAAUUCCAAUAUUUGAAGCUCGGUUUCCAGGUGCAAAAGCCCUUUUUGCAUUUGAUAAUACAACUGGACAUUGUGCAUAUUCCAAAGAUACCCUUGUGACAAAAAAUAUGAAUUUAUCUCCCGGUAGCAAAUAG